AUGGUGGUCAUCACGGAGCUCCGGGAGCACGAGGAUGCCACGGCGACGGCGCGGAAGGCCAUCGCUGGGAGGAGCGACGAGGAGAUCCUCGCGGCGGUGCUCGCGCGCAGGGGUGGCCCGCUCCCGUUCCUCCAAGCGGCGAUCGAAGUCGCGCAGCGGCGAUCCGACCUGUUCCGCGACCCCUCCGCGGCGGGGAUGGUAGCGGCGAUGGCGGAGGAAGCCUGGGCCAAGGCGCACGCGGAAGCGGUGCGCGUCAGAGACCCUAAGCCAAACACUGGAAAUGGUCUGGACUUGGAGAAAUAUUCCUGGACUCAGCAAUUGCCAGAGGUUUAUAUCUCCAUUUCAGUUCCCAAAGGGUCAGUUGUUAUCUGUGAGAUUAUGAAGAACCAUCUGAAGGUUGGACUUAAGGGUUUCUCCUUUAUAAUUGAUGGGGAGCUUUAUCAACCAGUUAAAGUGGACGAGUGCAUCUGGACUAUUGAGGAUGGGGUUACACUGUCAAUACUAUUGACAAAGCAAAAUCAAAAGGAAUGGUGGAAAUCGGUGAUUAAAGGUGACCCUGAAGUUGAUCUCCGCAACAUAAAACUAUCUGAACUCCCUGAUUUGGAUCCUGAGGCCAGACAGAAUAUUGAGAAGAUUUUUGAGCAUUGUUGGAGGGGCUAUGGGUCUUGCAACAAAUGGUGAAAUCUGGCAAGAGGACCUUUUCCAGGACUUACUGGUUCAGUACCCACAUAUGGAUUUUGAAGGAAAAAAUGGGCUGCGUGUGUUGAACCUAAGAAGUUCACACACAUCAUGUUCUUUUGACAUGAAAAUAGAAAUUCAGACACGGACCUAACUUCACAUCUUCUAUUUCGUACAGGAUAGGAAGUUCAAAUACUAAAGACAUCUCUGCUAGGUUUGAACUCUAUAGUAACUAGUAACCCCACGAAUCUACAGUUUGGUGGUUCCACAAUGUCAGUCUAUUAAGUAUUAACAUGAAGCUGCACCUCUUCAGAAAAUUUUCCUCAUACUAUAUCCUGUAAUCCUGUAUCUACUCAGCAGGACCAUAGUUGAGAUUUUGUGCUCUAUGAUCUGGUGGUUCUGGAGAUGAAC